AGGCGAGGCGCGGGUGGCAUCGCGGGGCGGGGAGGACGUGGCUCUCCCGCCGGCCCGCACCCGCUGCCGACGCCAGUGCGGAAUGUGCCAGCGAACGGAACGGUUGUUUCGUCGGAGCGUAGCGCCAGCGCUCCCGGUUUUCCUUUAAAAUGUGUAUAAGAAUAAGUGCAGUGAAUCCGCACGAGUUCGGAACGGUUACGAAAAACGCCGUCGUCGAGAUCAGGAGUAGAAAUCAACGAAGAACUUCAGCGAGGAAGUGGGGACGAUGAGGGAACAGGAAGGCGACGGCCCGGAGAGCCGUUAGCCGGACUCGAUGGAUGAGUAUGGCGGGCCGGCGGCGCCGCCCCGGCCGCCCAAGCCGGCGGCGCGCGUCCACAGGCCGACGGGCGCGCGCCAGCCCACCGUGUCGCUGCUGCGGCCGCGGCCCGAGGCCGAGCGAGAGCGCAACGCGUACGUGGAGGCCCCACGUCGUGCGCACGCUCCGGUGCCGCAUGCCGGCACCGCGCACCUUCCGCUCAAGCCGGUGACGACGCAGCCGGCCGCCGCGCCUGACAAGCGGCGCGCCGGCGCCCUCCCGCCUGACUCGAUAGUGUGCGACGCCUGCGGCCGGUGCCGGUGCGAGCAGUGCGCCCGCCCGCGACCGCUGCCGUCGCGGUGGCUGUGCGGCUCGUGCCUUUGCAGCGCUGAGGCGUGCGUGGACUAUGCGUCGUGCAUGUGCUGCGUGAAGGCGCUGUUCUACCACUGCGGGAGCGGGGAGGAGGAGGCGGGCGAGCCGUGCGCUUGCGGACCCAGGCUGGCGUGCGUGGGGGCCCUGGCGCUGCCGCUGCCGUGCCUGUGCCUGUACUGGCCGCUGCGCGGUUGCGCGGCGGCGGGAGCGGCGGCUUACGCGCGCUGUCGCCGCUCCGGCUGCCGGUGUCCUGAGCCCCCGCCGCGGCUCUCCAGUAUUAUCUAGUCCAGCGUGCCGCCCGCGCCCUCCGAAGCGCCGUCGAGCGGCGCAGUCGCGUUGUACAAAUAUUUAUUGGCGAGCGGAGCUUCGGACCGCGCGGGGUGGACUCAGGGUGGAUCGCCGUGCCCGGUCCGAGUGCCGAGUGGUGUGUGGUGGCGCGGGGCCGACAUAGGACGAGUGCCCCGCGUUCACUGAGUGAAUCUUCUACGUGUACCUUGUAAAUAUAGUCGUAUAGUGUGAAUGUACGUGAACGUGUCGCCCGAACGUCGAAAGUCUCAAAUUUUCUUGAGACAGAUAACGUGUCAUAAGAAAACGUUAACGUUAGUAUUUUGGAUUCCUCACAAAUCCAGAGAAGAUUAAGAAAUGAGAUAUAAAACAUACUUAUUAAGAUGUAGAUAAUUUACCAUUUAUUUAUUAACUGAAUUUGUAUUUAUUUGUAAAUAAAACGACAAUUAUUAUUAUAAAUACGAAUGUUUACUACAUUAUGCUUGUUUUUCUGUUUUCCAC